UUACAUUUGCAGCAUCGAGUCAACGCGGCGACGGCGGGUGUUGCACCCUCUUCACUACCGGGCCGUCGGCGGGUUUGUUGCUGGAGCCGCUGCACGUAAUCUGUGCUCUUCUUUGCAAAAUAAAUUGGUCGUUCUAGUGAACUAUGGCUCCUCCCAAGAAAGGGGAUCUGACCGAGGAGGAGACUGAAUUGCUGCAAGUAAUUUCUGAAGGAAAUGUUCAGGAAGCUGGAAGGUUGCUGGGUAGCAGAAAUGUCCGUGUCAACUGUUUGGAUCAGCAUGGAAUGACUCCUCUGAUGCACGCUGCAUAUAAAGGAAAAGCUGAAAUGUGCAAACUGCUCCUGCAGCACGGUGCGGAUGUAAAUUGCAAUGAACAUGAGCAUGGUUAUUCAGCACUUAUGUUUGCUGGACUCUCGGGUAAUAAAGAGAUAACAAGGAUGAUCCUGCAAGCUGGAGCAGAAAUAGAUGUUGUAAAUUCAGUUGGACGAACUGCAGCACAGAUGGCUGCCUUUGUUGGCCAGCAUGAUUGUGUAACUGUCAUCAACAAUUUCUUUUCCCGUGAAAUGCUGGAUUGCUACACAAAACCACAAGGACUUGACAAGGAACCCAAGCUUCCAGUCAAAUUAGCAGGACCCCUGCACAAAAUCAUCAUAACAACAAACUUGAACCCUGUUGCGAUUGUGCUGAUGGUUAAGGAUAAUCCAUUGCUAGCAGAUGUUGAUGCACUGGGGAAGUGCUACAGGGUGCUGGAUCUUCUAAUUGAAAAGUGCAUGAAACAGAGGGAAAUCAAUGAAGUACUGGCCAUGAAGAUGCAUUAUCUCAGUUACAUCUUCCAGAAGUGUAUUACGUUCUCAAAGGAACAUGAGUCUGAUCUUGACGGGUUUAUUAAAAGUUUAUUAAAAGGACGGGAUAUUGAUGGUUUCCCAUGUUACCAAGAGAAAUUCAUAAGAGAAUGUAUCCGGAAAUUUCCUUGGUGUGAAGCCACACUGUUACAACAGCUUGUGAGAACAAUUGCUCCAGUUGAAAUUGGUAAUGAUCCCACAGCUUUAUCUGUAAUGACUCAAAUCAUAACAGGCCAGGUUGGCUUUAUGGAUGCUGAAUUUUGCACAGCUUGUGGUGAAAAGGGAGCCGCUAAAAGGUGUUCAAUUUGCAAAACGGUGAUAUACUGCAAUCAAAAUUGUCAAAAGAUGCACUGGUUCACUCACAAAAAAGUUUGUAAAAAGUUGAAAGAAACCAGAGAAAAACAUGAAGCCAUGGAAAAAAUGAAGCGGAAUGAAACAAAAGCAACCACCUCUGAAACCAGUGUGGAUGAGGAGGAAAUCGUCCAAGAACCUGUAGGUUCCUCCAACCCUUCCCCCCCAACUUCUGAAGAUGGCUCAGGGUCUCAUGAUCUCAGCGCAGGACCCACAGCAGAAGUGAAAGCUUCACAGAAAGAGAGCACAACAGAAGGAGGGGUCAUUUCUCCUGCAACCAUGCACACAGCCGAAGAAUAAAGUGAAUCUAAUGCAGCCUUGGCUUUUUAGUUGUAUGAAACAUAAUCCAACAUGUAUUUAUCAACAAGGUCAUUGCUCCACUACAUAACUGCAGUGAAGGACUGUUCUUGCGCACUAGAGAAUUAGUUGCUUUGAUCGUGCUUCCUAGCCUGUACCAAAGCCGCUUGCAAUCCUGAAGAGUCAGUAAGCUAAGCACCAAUGACGUCAGCAGGAUUUGCUGUCGCUAUUUAAUUCAUUAACUACAUCUGGAAAAGAACGAUCUUUCACUACUGAAAAAUCCAAAUGGAUUGAUCUAAAUUCUGCACGUCAAUUAAAAUAAAUUUGCUGUAAUAUUUCAAAAAGUGCAUCACACAAUGUGGGAAAGUAGUGUAUGAAUUUAUGACGUGCAUUUAAGAUCAAAAUGACUCAAAUGACCUGCACAGUAAUUGUUUUCCUGUGAUUAAUGUCCAAUGUUCUGAAGUUAGCCAGUCUUAAUGUUGGUGUUAGUUUCUGCCAUUUUGAUCUCCUGUUGAUGUUGAUUGCAAUUUCUUUAGGUUAUUUUUCCACAGGGAAAAUCUUUCUUAAUUGCUGUGUAUUGAUGAAAAUCAACAGAUUUUGCAAACCACUGUUCAAAUGCUUGUUAGUAAUAAAUUUGCAGUUUUUGUUUGCUUUUUGUUGUCUUCUCUAUCCUUCACAUUCCUGCCCAGCCCACAAUAAAAUUACUUGAAGUAAAAUUUCAUGUAGAAUGCAUGCACUAUCUAAACAGCUGGCACAAUCACAAAUUUAAACAUUGUAACAAGAAUUUGAAUAUCACUAUUCUGCAAGUAACUGAUAUGUGGUAUUAGGGGAUCACACCAGCAAUUUCAAAAUUUUGUGCAAAGGUGUUUCAUUUUGCUGCAGACUUCUUUGUUCACCAAAAUGUAACAUGUAGACUCGGAUCUACAGAUGUUAUUUACCAAAAAUAUGCAAAGUGCGGAGGAACUAGGUGGGUGGACAUGGAUAGGCGACAUUUCGGGUCAGCACCCUUUUUCGAAACAAGGGUUCCGACCCAAAACAUUGUCUAUCUGUCUUCUCCAGCUAUUCCACCUGGCCCGCUGUGUUCCUCAAUGUAACAUGGCUUUGUUUUUUGUGCAUUUUGAUCGCAUAAUUGCCAAGAGAAUUUUAAAUUAAAUUCUGUUUAUUCAUGUCAUUCGAUCCCAAACAAAAGCAAUUUUAGGUGCAAUAAACCACCUUGAAUGUUU